AUGGUUGGUGUACCUCACAGCACUGGCUGUUCCCGGUGUCGAGAGAGACGUAUCAAGUGUGAUAAGGCAACCCCAGAGUGUUCACAAUGUCGUCGAUAUGGUAGAGAAUGUCCGGGCUAUCGACGAACGUACAGCUUCCGGGACGAAGGUCCCGGCCUCGAACGUCGACACCUCUCAUCCGCUAGCCGUGCACCCAGACAAUCAGCCUCGGAAACGGAAUCUCCUGUACCAGAUGCUGCAAGAAGGGUUCGCGAUAAUGCACUUGCUAUGAUGCGCCGGUAUGCUUCACUAGGGGACGACUACAUCAGCACGGGCUCUCCCACCCGAAUCUUACUCGAAAGACAACACAUCCAGUGCUUCGCGGACUUCAUUCGCACGGCCUUUCCAACCAUGUACUAUCACAACCGAUUCCGUGCUACCGACCGACUUGACUUUCCAUCGUACGUCAUCCAAGAUGUCGGCUCUCAUAUCUUUCAAGACGCAGCUGUUGCGUGUCUGAGCUCGGUUUAUCUCGCCUAUCUUUCACAAGACUCAGCACUGUUGAAAACAAGCCGGCAGAUGUAUGCGCAGACACUUCACGAGGUCGCCCAUGCGUUGCAGACUCCCGACGCAAUGUCAGAUGCGAUGCUAAGCACCAUGAUGAUGCUUAGUGUUUAUGAAAUGUAUGCCCAGACCAACAACGACGCUUGGGUAGUCCACGCAGACGGUGUUAGACGAUUGAUGGUGAGCCGUGGAGCACGCUCUCAUGCCCAUGGUAUGGCUCGGUCCUGCUACAUUGCCUACCGUGGUUUCUUAGUAGCAACUGCUAUCUACAAGGGGAAGCCCUGUUUCCUUGAUGAGGAGGAAUGGCAGCAUUUAGCGCUCCAUGUCGGGGCGGAGGACUCCCGAAAGCCAACUGAGUGGUCUUCAUCUAUCCAUCCCGCUGAGCUGGUAUUCACGGAGAUAGUCAAGUGCCCACGCUAUCUCAGCGAGGCACUCGAACUCGCGUACUUCUUUCCAUCUCCGUCUGUCACAGCUGCAAUUCCAGACCUAAUGCACCGCGUACGGGCAACCAGUCGUGCCCUUCGUGAGGCAACCGCGAACCUUCGUGCGUCCAUUGAUUACGACCAACGCUCGCAUUCCAGGUCACAGUAUGAAGAUGAAAUGGCCGGCGAAAGUGGCCCUUCUCUUCUCCUCCAGGGGGCCGAAAGUACCAUUUUUGUUAUGAAAGAUCUGCUGGAUCGACUUGUAAGAGCAGCGGCUCGACCAGAAACGAGUUCUGCGCUUUCGUUCCGUGUCGUGUCGGAGUUGGAUCGUGGUCCGCCCUUGGCUCCCAACAACCGGAUUGACUUUCUUGCUGUCACCUGGUUAGAUCGGAUUGCUUCUUCUAUGGGGAUGAUUGGAACUGCAAUCGUUUCGGAUUAUUGA